UGUUUUCGUGAAAGUGGACCCGCGGUAGUCGGUUUGAAACGUCGUAGUUGAUCACUUCUUUCUUUCUAACCACCACCAUCUUAUCUCUUGCAUAACUCAUAUUUUCCAUCUUGAUUGAUUUUGAUCUCGAAACAUGUCAAGCUAUCAGAUACUUGACUCAUCGCCCAUACGCAUUCCUUCUAUUCACGAUACAGAAGUUCAUUCACGACCCUUAAAACGCUCUGCAUCUCUGGCAUCGCUUCCUACCCCUCCCAGAACACAUCACAAGCGAUCUCGUGCAAAAGCAGUCCCAGCGACCUCUGGACACGCGUCAGAGGACAGUGGCAGCGCGUCAGAACUCGAGGACGACCUUGGUGGAAGCUACGUUUCUCGCAUCGCUGAAAGGCACACCAAAAGGGAAAAGGAGGGGCAUGCGCUCAUGGGGAGCAAAAGGCGCCGAACCACGGACGUCCUUCCUGCGCAUGACGAAGAAGAUGAUGAGAACUCGUUCUGGACUGGUCGUAGUGGUGGCGCAGCGUCUCACGGGCGUAAAAAAUCAUCUGCAGUGGAGGAUACGGAAGAGGACAAGUCACCUUCGCCUGCUCUGUUGAAGUAUCGUGUCCGUGAGCCCGUUUCGCCACCUCCCUCCCGCAGAGCACCCCAAGUCCAACCUCGUGCAUCAUCAGUGCAGCGCUCGCGUUCACCCCCGCCUGCACUUUUUCUACCGAAGCCACCCGUAACACCUCCCCGCAGGCUCUUCCUUCGUGCGCUACCAUCCCCCUCGAAUUCCAAAGCUAAGAAAAUAUGGCCUACUCGGGACUCUCCUGAUAACCCUUUCCUCGCUGGCGAGGGCGAAGCAAGCGUAUCCAAGGCAAGCGGCUGGGAGAGCAGCGAUGAUGAACUACCCGUCGGAGAAGCACCCGAGCGUGAAAGCACGCCAACUCCAGCGUCAGCGUUUGAAGAGAAGCCAACCAUAACAUAUGUCUUCCGGGGCCAAAAAGCGACCUUCCAUAACCCCCAAUAUCAUCUUGCCCCUGAAGUUCUGGAGGCGUCUAAACUGCCGAUCGAUCAUCCAGACUUUGAAGUGGCUGAGGCAUGUGCCCCCCGCCGGCUCUUCGCCGACAAGCUUAAGCGCAAACCUCGUGACCGCAGCCAAGACGUUCCUCCGAACGGCUCCCUUGGUGUCAAACGUGCAAAGAUUGCAUAUUCAGAUGCCAGCGCAUCCGAGGGCGAGAAAAGUACUGCGAGCACCGGUUCCCGCAAGAAUAUAUUCAUCGCAGAUGACACAGAACGGGAACCUGUAUUUUCCAAGCCUCAUGGCUCUGAUAAAGGUGCUGAGCGUCUUGAGCUCCUGCAGCAUGCUCGGGAGGAACGUGAAUGCAGGGAGAAAGACAGCAAGCAGCGCCUGGCUUCGAAGGAAGGCCUGCGCGCUGGGGCGUUUGUUGUGGAGAGGGACAAUCCUGUUCGGCGGGCAAUGGGCCCUGCGCGUCAUUCAUAAGUUGCCGGCGACAUCGACGAUCUUCAUAUCCUUCUUGAUUUAUUUUCUUGUAUGUGCGAUACCUCUUUUCCUACUGUUAUGUUUCCUGCGAUGUCCCAUGCUCUCACACCCCUGCGACACCCUUCUAAUCUCAACUCCAUUGAUAUGUUUUUAUUAUAGUACGUAUCACUCACCCAUCAGAUCCGUUAUCCGUUCGUUUAAAUUGACCGCAUCCACCAAUCAGUCGCUGCAUUGACAUGCUAUCCCUACAUAACUCUACUAGGCACAAGUUAGUUGUUCGGAGCUCUUGCGUCGAGUACAUUUACCUACAUACAUCUCGAAUCCAAUGUUUAUGUCUAGUUAAAUAAAUCAUGGCUAUCGAGUACACAGUUGGCUGAGCUCAUUUGAA